UCUGAAGCUCCGCCCACGAGCGUGCGUCGAGACGUACAUUACGUGAGCACGUCAGUAUUUCCGCGCGGCGCCAUUUCGGAGCGGAUCUGAUCCAGGACUCAAACACGCACGGUCAGCAAAAGGCGACAUUCACGGUUGAGCCAUGCAUCGCGACUGCCCUCUGGACUGUAAGGUGUACGUUGGGAAUCUGGGAAAUAAUGGGAACAAAUCCGAACUGGAGAGGGCAUUUGGCUACUACGGACCCCUGCGGAGCGUCUGGGUGGCCAGGAACCCUCCCGGUUUUGCAUUCGUUGAGUUUGAGGACCCUCGCGAUGCCACAGACGCCGUCAGAGAGCUGGACGGACGGACCCUCUGCGGUUGCCGAGUGAGGGUGGAGCUGUCCAAUGGCGAGAAGCGCUCUCGUAACCGGGGUCCGCCUCCGUCCUGGAGCCGACGCCCACGCGAUGACAACCGCAGGCGCAGCAGCCCCGCCCCCAGGCGCAGAGUCACCACCAUGCCUCUCCUCACCACCCUCUGAGUCAGUCUACUAGUCUUCUUUCAGCAUCAUGUGACCAGCGUGCCCCAAUCAGCUGGCUGGGUUGGUGUCACAUGACCCAGGCGUUGCCAGUCAUCAGCUCGCACCAGCCCAUUGGUUCCUGAGCAUGCCGUUGUCAGCUCCUCCUCCUCCAACCUUAACACCCAAUCGGCAGCGGCCCACUUCACAUUCCUGACCAAUCAGCGUUUUACGUUCCCCAAUGUCUACACUACCAACCACCAGCAACAGCCUUCGGCUAACCAAUAAAAGCAGGAAAAAUCCACUACAUCCAGCCCCCAUCCGCAAGCCAGCUAAUCAGCUCGCAGCAUCUGGCCUGCACUUUCCCGCCAAUUCUGCUCCCCGGCCGCCAGCCGUCCUCCCCUUCGCCUUUUCUAGCUUGUUGAAAACCGAAAAGGGGGGGGUAACCGCACUAUGAUGGCAGCAGGGGGUGGAAUGGAGAGCCGCUUUCAUUCUUGUUCAUUUUUUUUCCUUGUAGUGUUUGUACUGUUUAUAAUGUUGAUCUGAAUUAAAAGUCAUUACAAAAAUGC